CCCCCCCACCCCCCCACCCCGCUGCCUCGUCGUCUCUUCAACUCAUGUCCCCCGGGCCCCGGCUUCUCACCUCCACCGAUUAAACCCUGAGUUUAGGUCUAAUCCAGUACAACUCUUGGGUCCCUAUGUUUCAGCCCUUGGGGUGUCUGCAUCUGACGAGAGUAGAGCAAAGCGAGGCAACGAGAACAACGAUCUGAGCCUCAACCAGUCAACCGAGGGCCUUGCAGUAAGUUUUGUCUUUGAGAAGAGAGCAGUGUUAGCAAAGGUAUCCUGUUUUGACCUGACAUACGUACAGUGGAUACAAGUAUGGGGGAUCAUACCGUGUGCUUAAAUCAGGAUGAAAGUAAGAUUGCUGCGGCUUUUAAAACUGCAUUAGAGAAGAUAGGUGAUCCACAUUCAGGGAUUGUGUUCAACUUCUACCGAUUUGAGUACAAAGGAAGAGAUGACACUUGGUACAGGGGUGAAAUUUUCCCUAUGACAGACCCCAAGUCAUCAUUUGACAAAGGAAGUGGAAAUAGAGUAUCCAUCUGGAUACGUGCUGCUGCAGAUGAAAGGCGAAUGCGAGAAUUGGUUCAUCAUCUCUUGCCUCUUGAGGAUAAUGCUUUGCUGAAGCCUUGUUUUGCAGCCUAUAAUUCUAUGCUUGGGAAGACUGUUGUUUCCUGCAUGCCAUGUACUGAAGAUUUCAGCAGUUGGAUUUCAAGACAGACCCAAGUACAGUCUGAUGGCUACCUUCAUGAUGAGGCGAAAAGAAUGAUAUGGUCUGUGGUAUCUUUUAGUAAGGUGUUGUGGGUGAAUGGCUUCGUGAGUGAUGGGUUAGAUGACCCAAAGAACUAUGCCAUGAUGGACACACACGUGAAAGUUCUACCUUUUACGAUUCGAAAGAAGGCAAUCACUGAUAGCAAAAUGACUAACCGGAACAAAGUUGCUGAUCUUCUUGAGAAUCAUCUGAACACAAAGUGGAAUGAUAUUGAUGUGGUAGAAUUCAUCAAGUGUUUAAGAGAUCCUAUACUAAGUUUGGAUGUGCUUCUUAACCAUCCAUUGUUUCUGCCACCUGAGCGCCGCAUGGCUCUGUAUGUUAUUUUGUGGGAUGUUCACUUCUCACCUGAGCACAGGGACCGUUAUGAUGCAAUCACAUCACAUGCUAACUGGACGAACUUGGUUUCAGCCAAUGAUACUACGCUGAUGAAGAUUUUGACCUAUGAUGAGAAAAAUGAAAACAACAACAUCUGCAUGUAUCGUAACACUACACUGCAGGCUCACAAGUUUGCCCGUGAUUCUUGUUCACAUUAUUUUGAGCAGUUGAGAAAGAGUAAGAAGGAGAAGAAGAGACCAAAUAUCUCACCAGACAUGGUGGAUAGGCCACUUAAGAAGCUGUUGCCUGGGUUACUGUCAAAGGUUUAUGCUUUGGCAAGCAGCCAAGAUUGGAAAUCCGUAUAGUGAUUUCAGAUCCAAUACCGCUCUGGUUCAUCACUGCCUUCGGUCCCCCCACUGCUCCCAGAAUUUGAACGCUAAGCUUGCCUGAGCUCAGAAAUUUUCUUCGGAUCCAUUGCUCUAGCUUCCUUUACAAGUAUGUACAGUUUUAUAGCAUCGUAUGACACGAUAUGAGUGGAAAAAGACCCGAAUGCUGCAUGACAUUUCCCUAACAGGUAGCCGUUGAGUGACUGGGCUGUUUAACUGUAUCUAUAUCUUGCUGGGCUGUCUAACAUAUGACUUGCUCACUAAGCUUGACUUGAACAAUGGGGUGUCGUAUUCAUGUUUCCUAAAUUUUCUGAACAGCAACCUCCCCUUUUAAUGAUGGCUUUGGAUUUCCACACGAGUAUUUCC